ACCCGCGUUUUGUUUUUGUUGCACGGGCGUUCUAGCAAGCGCCAUCCAUGUGCUCAGCUCUGCCCUUGUUGCCGCUACAGUCUUUUUGUAUAUUUGUUGGUGUGUUUACGCGUUUAAGAUAAUUCUGAUAAGCGUUUUGAGUUCUUUUAGUUUUUGGAAAAAUUAAGAUGUGAUUGAUAGAUAAGAAAAUUCGCCAAAUAAGUGUUGGAAAAUGAGGCUGGUCAACAGAAAUUUCGAUAAAGGCGCGCAGGGUUCUGUCACCCUGAUACCAGAAGAACCUGAAGAUAUGUGGCAUACCUACAAUCUGAUUGCCGAGGGCGAUCAAGUGCGGAGCACAACUAUACGAAAGGUGCAAAAUGAGUCAGCGACCGGCUCAUCGACGAGCAGUCGUGUACGCACCACACUUACGAUCAGCGUUGAGUCCAUAGACUUUGAUACACAAGCCUGCAUGCUGCGCUUAAAGGGACGCAACAUCGAGGAGAACCAAUACGUUAAGAUGGGUGCAUAUCACACGCUCGACUUGGAGUUGAAUCGAAAAUUUGAGAUACGCAAAGCAGAAUGGGAUACAAUAGCGCUGGAACGCAUCGAAAUGGCCUGCGAUCCCACACAGUCGUCCGAUUUGGCAGCGAUUGUAAUGCAGGAGGGUCUGGCCUAUGUCUGUCUGAUUACGGCUAGCAUGACGCUGGUGCGUAGCAAAAUCGAGGUGUCAAUACCGCGCAAGCGCAAAGGUCACACACAACAGCAUGAGAAAGGGUUGGUGAAGUUUUACGAGAGCGUCAUGCAGGGCAUACUGAGGCAUGUGAAUUUCGACAUAGUUAAAUGUGUGCUGAUAGCAUCGCCGGGAUUCGUGCGGGAUCAGUUCUACGAAUACAUGUACCAGCAGGCAGUGAAAAAUGAUAUAAAAUUGUUAUUGGAUAACAAGAGCAAAUUCAUACUUGUGCGCUCAUCUUCGGGUUUCAAGCAAUCCUUGAAAGAGGUGCUGCAGGAUCCCAGCGUAAUGGUGAAAAUAUCCGACACAAAAGCAGUUAGAGAAGUGAAAGUGCUAGAACAGUUCUAUACUAUACUACAUUGUGAACCGGCGAGGGCAUUCUAUGGCAAAAAGCAUGUGUUGGAGGCUGCCAAAGCGAUGGCGAUAGAAACUCUGCUGAUUUCGGAUAACCUCUUUCGAUGUCAGGAUGUGCAGCAGCGCAAGGAGUUUGUAAAUCUGGUCGAAUCCGUGCGCGAGGCGGGUGGUGAAGUGAAGAUAUUCUCCAGCAUGCAUAUUUCAGGAGAACAAUUGGCUAAUCUUACCGGCAUAGCAGCUAUUUUGCGCUUCCCGAUGCCUGAACUUGAUGACAGCGGGGAUGAGGAUGAUGAUGAUGAUGACUCUGUCAACUCCGAAUAAUGACUUUUAUGCAUAGCAUUAGAUGAGCUUUUACAUACACACCUACAUAUAUGUUAAAUAAAUUAGUAAUUAGUGAAACAAUAUUUAAUCAAAACAUUUAAGUUAUUUUAAUUAACAAUAAAAAAAUUACCGACUAACGUAAA